AUGGCGGUCUCCACAGGAGUUAAAGUUCCUCGUAUUUUUCGCUUGUUGGAAGAACUUCAAGAAGGACAAAAAGGAGUAGGCGAUGGUACGGUUAGCUGGGGCCUUGAAGAUGAUGAAGAUAUGACACUUACAAGGUGGACAGGCAUGAUUAUUGGGCCACCAAGGGUGGAUGCCCGGAGCAUACCAGUGUUAGCAAAAUGGCAAAAUUCAUAUAGCAUUAAAGUUGUACUUCAAGAGCUAAGACAUCUAAUGAUGCCCAAAGAAAAUAUGAAGCUUCCACAGCCACCAGAAGGACAAACACACAACAAUUAA